CAUCAAAAGACUAAAUCUUCAAUAUAUCGAAAGAGUAGAAACAAAAUGGCAUCACAGCAACAAGGACGCAAGAUCUCCGACCAAGUCUCCGAACAGGAGAAAAAGGAGCUCGACAAACGGGCUGCGGAAGGCGAGACCGUCGUUCCCGGUGGUACUCGUGGAAAAAGCCUGGAGGCCCAGGAACGCCUUGCUGAAGGGAGGAGCAAGGGAGGACAAACGAGGAGGGAGCAACUGGGGACGGAAGGGUACAAGGAGAUGGGUAAAAAGGGUGGCCUGAGCACCGAAGAGAAGUCCGGCGGUGAACGUGCGGAGGAGGAAGGAAUUCCGCUGGAUGAAUCCAAGUACAGCAACAAGAUCUCAAAGGCUGAUGAAGAUAAAUAAUCGAUAUGUAGUGUUUGUUUAUAGAACGUUAAUUAGCUAGCUGUUUGUUUUCAAGUUGAUCUUGUGUGUUGUAAAGUAGUAUAGUAGGUCAUGAUCUUGUUGGUAAUUUUGUUGUGUACUUCCGUCGUGGAUGUAUCAUGCAUGGCGGUAGUCCUUUAACCAGAGAUGUACUAGCUCCUACGUUUUAUAAUGUACUCAUAUGGAUGUUAAUAUCGAUCUUCGUUUUGUUUU